AUGCAAGUCUUAGCGACCUUACAUAAAACCCUCCUCUUCUCCAUAGUUAUCAAUGAGUCUAUAGACAUGGUCCCAACUAAGAAAAAGAGGUCAUUUUAUGGGUGUUGGACGUGCCGAAGCAGAAAGGUUAAGUGUGACAACGGUAGACCGUCUUGCCAGCGAUGCCAGAAAUCCAAUCUGAAUUGCUUGGGCUACAAUAUCAAGCUCAGCUGGUCAACUCCCUAUACAGUUGGAAAACAUGGCACUCUUGUUCCAUUAUCUAACUAUGUUUUGGACAAAGAAGAUGACUCUAUACAACGAAGAAACAUAUCUCUGGUAAGGUUCACAAGUGAUUCAACUUAUAAGAACGACAAAGAUUUGGACUUGGUGCUCGAUGAGUUGGAACAACUACCUGUCUAUGGAAACUCGCCUAACAAAAGAGGCCCUUUUAUGGUGUUCCAGGCGUCAACAGAUCACAAGGUAAAGACAGAGACAAACACAAGCAUACCUAAUGAUAGUUCAAAGGAUCUAUUCAGCAUCAGAAGUUUAAGUUCCACUAAUCUCGUGCCAUACAUGACCAUGGAUGUAGUUGAUGUGAUUAAUCAGAAUAGGGAUUUCGUAUUAGAAGCAUUCGAUUCAAACUUUGUGCAUCAAGACGCCUUCACGCAUGCUCUGAAUACCACCUUGGAAGAUGAACUUGAACUUCAUCACUCUGCCCCUGCCUCUACUUUCCCAGAGCGAGAUAGAAUUGUUAUCCACGAGCAGCUGAAGCCUUCUGCGUUAGUGACUUUCAAAGGAAUCAAGGGAGACAUUAACUCCAAUCCUCGGGAUGAACAAGAAGUUCUUGAUUGUCUAUUUCCAAACUACUACAACUCUGAGGCUAACCAUAGCAUCUUAGAGAUGUCCUUAUCACGAAACCAAGAGCUGAAUAAUUUAGACAAAACAUACAAGCUCUUCGAAAACCUUUCACAUUCUCAUAUCUCAUCGAUCAGAGAGUAUUCUUUUCCUUGGCUUCUAUCUACUCAAAUGUUUCAAAAAUUAAUUACCAAUUUCCAGUCAGAAAAACAUUUCAUGAUGCUUCUAACUUUCAGAGGAAAUGUUAUGGACUCUGUCAUUCUCCCUGUGCUGUACCGAGCUAUAGGACAAAUGUCGAUCUUAACUGCAGACAUUGAGCAUGAAUUUGGAAGAAUUAUUUCAUCUGAAAUGUUUCACAAGAGGAUGAUGAGAAUAAUGGUAUUGAGUGCUUUGAAUAUAAGUGCUUUCUUACUCUACCGAAAAAGUCUAUUCGAACAAAAUUUUUACGGUUCUGAUUACCUGGAAAUUGCUAUCGUUUUAAGAAGAUUUAUAAUCCUUGAACUUUCCAACCUUAUAAAAUGCUUACUGGUACCCUCUGGGGUACCAUUCAAGGAUGCUAAAAGAAAACUACAAAUCAAAAACGGUAAACUUGUGAAUUACCUGAUCACUAAUGACUUGAUAAAAGAAUUGAUUGUGGUUCUUGUAUUUUUCAUUAAGAUUGAUGAGCUUUUUGGAAUAAUAGACAAUUUCACCACUCUGUUUGACAUCCUUGAUCAGUUGGUGGAUUAUCUGAACAACUAUAAACCUUCAUUUUAUGAGAAUGCUGACAUGCUGGAAAAGAAUAUCAACUUGAAGUUGAUUAUUAUGUAUUACAAGUUUAUGCAAAUCUUCUUCUUCUCCACUACAAACAUUGACCUAUUUAAUUACGAAGUCAAAGAUAAAAACUUCGAAGACAUGCUCGAUGAAAAUUAUAAUAAGAUCAGUGCGGCCACGCUGAAUGACUCUUUUAACCCAGAUGCCUUCUUUAAUAUAGACUUUUUACAAGAGGAAGUUUCUGUUUCUGAAAAACAAAACAAAAGUUUCCUUAGCAAGAGUUUUCCAGCUAGGUUCAACUUUGCUAAAGGCUAUUCUGACUCGGAAGAGGAGUCCAAUCACAAUCAAACAGGGUCGGAAAACCGUUACUAUACCAAAGACAAUGAAAAUUCACGAGUUGCUAAUUCACCCACCAUAAAGGAAUCGUUGAUUCAUAUCCCCUACCCGUACAACGAAUCUGUUUACAAAUACAGGGAUGAAUCUAUAGUUUCCACUUUGGAGCUAACCUAUGGAAUGCCAGAAACGCUUUUCCAACUUUUCAAGAAAACAGUCACUCUAACAAACCAUCAUAGUUUCUUCAAGAGAAGAAACUUGAAACACCCUAGAAAUUUCUCAAAGGUUGCAAGUGAUCUAGAAACCGAAUUAAAGAGUUGGACGUUACCGUGGAUUCUCUAUGAAUCCAGUGAUACUAUCUCCAUUUCAUUUCUCAGUACAUUUCAUCGGAUUCUAUUUCACAUGUCCAUGAGUUAUUACAAUUCAAUUCUCAUCUACUUUUAUAUUUUUGUGCAGGAUUUCAAAGCGUCCGACUUAUCUUCCUUGGUGCAAGAAUCACUAACGCACUUGGAGGCUUUGGUCUCUCUUUCUGUUAGUUCAAAUGUGGUCAAAGAUUUCACUGUCCAUGUGCCAUUCUGGCCAUUCUUUGUCUGCGCCUGUGGAGCUACGCUUGAAGCAGAUCAAGCUAGAGCAGUUGCUCUAAUGAAAAACUUCAAGACGAAUGAGAGAUGGAUAGGCAAGCAACUAAUUCACGCUGUAUGGGAAAAGCACAGGCAGAAAUUUACAGAUACAAACUGGGUCACAAUGACCAAAGUUGGGACAUAA